AUGGAUUUUUCUGACCAUCAUAUUAGUGCCACCAUCCACCCUUUGCAUGGAGAGCCUUGGUUAUUUACUGGAUACUAUGGUAGCCCUUAUACUACUUGUGAAAAUCUUAAUUCCUGGAAGAUGAUUGAAAAUACUUAUGCUGCUAACUCUUUGCCUUGGUUAAUAAUGGGAUACUGCAACUUUGUCCUUCAUGAACCUGAAAAAUUUAGUCAACAUCCCAUUGAUCAAGUUGAAGCUGAUAUAUUCUUAAACAAGAUUGAAGAAGCAAAUCUCACUGACUUGGGUUACACUGAAUGUCCCUUCAUCUGGACCAAGAAAAGAACUGGUCCCCAACUCACUGAGCAGAGAUUAGACAGAGGACUAGCUAAUGAAUCUUGGCUAGAAAAUCAACCCAACACUACCAUCUCCAACCUCACUGUCGUUGGUUCUGAUCAUAACCCUAUCAUUCUCAACCCAUUCAAAUUCUUUGGCCCUUGGCUCAACCAUGAAGACUGCAAAAGCAUUAUAGCUGAAUACUGGAAGGCUAACAAUAAGGGCUCUCUAGCCAUAAAAAUAUCCAGGAAACUCAGGGAUAUAAAAGUUAGACUAAAGAAAUGGAAUAAAGAAGUGUAUGGAAACAUCAAGACAAAUUUAGAAGAAAGCAUACAACACCUGGACUGGAUAACCAAACAUCAAUUCAACUCCAAUAGAGGAAAAGAUCCUAGAGAAGCAAGACUUCAAGUGGAACAUUGGCAACAAGUGCAAGAGUCAUUCUAG